AUGUCUCAACCCUACCCUCGUCAUCCGAAUACAGUAAUCUUACCACCUGCUUAUCCGGUGUCUCCUUUGAUUCGCUUCUCACGAUACGUUGCCUUCGGUCUUGGUAUCGUAUGGGGUAUAAUUCGUUUGAGGCAGAUUAGCGAAUAUCACGCUGAUAUUAGAGAGUUUGAACACUGGAAGAAAGUCGAAAAGAAAGAACAUGCUGAGAAAGUGAAGCAUUGGACAAAUAAGGAUGAGACAGUAACUUUAAUAGGGUAUCUUGGUGUACCUCUCGAAGAAGGAGCUGUCCAAUUUGGAAUGACUGAUCUGAUUAGAUCGGAGUAA